GGGGUGACCAAGAUGGCAACUUGGCAACCGAGAUUUGGAUACUGAUCAUGGAGAGUUAAAAUUCGACGAAUUCAAGGAAAGGUAAUAAGGGAACAAUGUUGGCACAAUAGGUAACUGUGAAUAGUAGCAAUAUAGAAAUGGCAAAAGUAGAGUUGUGUGCCGAUCCUCUAUCCUCCUCCAUGACCGCCAAGUUGCCAGUACUGAACAAGGGUCGGAGCAGCCUUGUGUCAGAUGUACAACCAGGACAAGCACCAUCUCCCAGGGAGAGAGCGUUAGGAUGGGCGGCUGAUAUCAGGAAAAGAAUUGAUGACAGUAAAGAGGAGGAUCACGAUGUUGAUGAAGAGGAUGUUGCAUGUUUAAAACAUGAACUUAUCCAAGUCAUCAUAUGCUCCCUCCAGCAGGACAGUCGGAUGUCCUGGAUCUUCCUGCAGGAGGUGCUGGAACUGUUGCCGUCAUACAGGGAACAUCUCCGCUACUGGGAGACACAGUCAGAGUUCCACCACUACCUGGAGCGCAUCGUCAGCCAUGUUGAGUCCCACAAGGAGAGGUUCUUUGAUCUUCAGUUAGUUGAUGCUCUGUCCAAGGUCUUCCCUGAGGAAAUUGAGCUACUGCGUCGUCGUGGUGCCUUCCCUGCCAAGUUGUAUUGUAGUCCCGGUGUCAAAUCUGUCCCUCACUCACCCAGGAAGUCAUCAAGCAGCGUUGUCAAACUGAGACUGCCAGACGGCACCAACCCAUACUCAACACGUGUGCUUAAUGAGGAAGAGAUGCUGCCCUCACAGAAGCUGACCAUAGGAGACCUUGGACACUCGCUGGGAGACGUUGCCUUGGAGAUGGCAGCACGCGAGUCCAUCUGGAGCCACUGUCUGGGAACCACAGCACUUGCACUCAGCACACACAUACCGCAGCAGCCCAAAUCACCAUCACCACCGAGUACCUCCAGGUCAUGGUCAGUGUCCCAGAGCGUGACCUCGCCGCGGGAUAGCGAGAAGAAGACGAUCUUCAUGGGUUCAGAAGAGUAUAUCCCAACUAUGAAUGGCCGAGAGGCAGUGGAAUAUUUUGCCAGAUGUCAUCAUAUUGGCAAAAUCAAGUCAAUCCACUUAAAUUUAGCACCUAAUAGGCACUACAGACCCUACGAUCUUAUCUCUGUGCAGAAAAACAAGGCCAACAGUGAACACUAUGUGUUCUCCACCUUUGGCGUUCUCCAUGUGUAUGAACACCAGCCCAACGAGAGCCUGACCCUGGGGGAGUGGCAGAGAGAGGCUGUGUUAUGGAAGGCCCUAUCAUCAAUACCUUUCUUCAAGAACUAUCUCAUCAAGAAAAUGUUUGCUAGAUGGCGUGCCAACAAGUUAUACCUUGACUACCUGCGGAGACAGGAGAUGGUUGCCAACAGCCUCCUUCACAACAUUCCAGCAUUUGGGGCAGGCCUUCUCCAGGUGUCAAGAUUGCUGAAAGAAGUGAUCACGAUAAACUUCUUACCUUUUGAAACAGACAAAACCUACCAGCUGGGGGAGUAUGAGAACAGCAUCAACUACAAGAAUAUCCAGGCUGAUAAACUCUUGGAGAGAUUCUUCAGCUACUGCAAGAUGGUGGUGGAGGUGACAGCAGAGGAGUCGUUCAAGAAGCUGCGUUACUGUGAGGAACAGGUCAAGAAGAAGACAUUCUUCUCCAAGGAUUCUCUGCAUCUCCAGCGCACCAAGAAGGAACAGAGAGAGGAGAACCUUUGCAUCGCCAAGAGUGAGACAGGACGCCUGGGUAACUUUGUGAAGCUGGUGGACCAGCUGAUUGUGGAGCACAUGUUCCAUGUGACCAAAACACAGGUCAUCAGCUUCGUGGAGAAGGUGCUUUGCAUCACUGAUGCACCAAGGGAUGGAUUCUUCAAGGCCAACCUCAUCUUCACAAAACAUGAGGUCUUAGGUUUGUCCCCAUCUAAGGAGCGUUUCCAGAAGGUGCUCACAUCCACCCUGCGUGGCAUCCCGAGUGUUCUGUGUGCCAAGGCUGUACCAAUGGAUGGGUCUGUGCCGGAACAUGACAUCACAGAGGAGACAGACCCUGCUGCCAAGUCAUACGACAGCAUUCACAGACCCAGCGAUGCCAAACCCAGCUCCUUGACUGAUGGUAGUAAAAUCAGUGCCAAGAGCGUAGCAGGGACCUCCCAGGUCAGCUCCGUCCGGCAGGAGACACGCAGCCAGACACUCGCUACUGUCUCAGAGAAGGACUCUCAAGGUGAAGGGUCAGAGAUAGAGGUCACAGAGAAGGAAACCAGCCUUGACCCUAGCCAACCGGAAGACCCUGAGCCACUGCCCAGUCUUCCGAAACAUUCAAGUCCACGAAAGGAGGAGGAUGACCUUGGGGUGGCGACCCCUGACCUUGUAGUGAUGAAGGCAGAUGAAGGGCUGCUGGUGGUGGAAGGCGAGGGCUUCAUGGGGCAGUACUCUCCCCUGUCUCGCGCCAGCUUGGAGGAGAAACUUGUCAUGGACUCGGAGUUCCAGGAGGUGCUCAAAACACAGUCUGAGUUGAUGGCCGUGGCUAUGGAAGAGGUUGAGCAGUACUGUGAGUUCAAUAAGUGGCUCAAUGAGAUCCACCAGUACUGCCACAGGUGGAACAACAUGUCUGUCAAGGAGUUCAAGGGAGCAGCAGCAUUUGCCAUUGAGCAAAAGCUAACUGAGCUACGCCAGUGGUCUGAAAAGGUCCGCAACUUUGACAAGAGUUUUGUCACAGAGAAUGGCCUGCUGUAUGUUGACUGCUCUGCAAUACAUGAAGGACUUCUACCCAGACUUGACGAUGUGUACCAGGAACUCAUCACAUUUGUGUCAGAUGAAGCCAAGAAUCUGGCCCGGUCAUUCUGUGAGGAGAUGGUUACUGUCAUUCAGAACAUGAAAGACAAGCGGUCGACAGUUGAUGCAUUUGCUGUGUUUGCCAAGAACUUCUCCCAGUACAAGAAGAAUACCAUCACAUACCAACAGAGGGUGGAGUACAUCAAGUCUCUCUACGAGGUGAUCCGGAUGAGUUACCGACAGCUGUACCCAGAGGAGGAGAAGCUGGAGGAACAGGUGUGGGCAUCUUGGGAGGCGUUCCUCAUGGAGAUGCAGGAGGCGUCCGAGUUUGUCAACAUCCAGACUCCACUGAUGACACAGCAGUUAGAGGACACAUACCAGCGUCUAGAGAAAGCAGCCAAGGAGCUCUCGGAACAGGCCACCAGCGGCAUCUUCCUGGACCCAGACAACAACCCAAUGAAGAUACUCAGAGUCAUGAAAGGGAUCAGGGAGGAGUUCUUCUCAGUCCAGAGUCAGCUGAAGGAGGCCAGCAAGUGGCGAGAAGCUAUCUGUGGGGAGCCAUAUGACCUCAAGUUCCUCAACAAGAUGACAGUGGAGAUGGAUGUUCGGCAGCAGCUUUGGAGAUAUGUGGAAGUGUCCACUAGCGCCAUCAAAGAAUGGAAGCAGAUGCUGUUCAGGAAGAUGCAUAUAAAGAAGUCUCUGGAGAAGGUGAUGGAGUGGCAGUCGGCGGCAGCACAGCUGAAACCCCACCUGCCUUAUGCCGACCGGGUGCUGAGUACCUGGUUUACCUCACUACAGGAGUUCAAGAAGGAUCUGCCACUACUCCACAGGCUCUCCAACGAAGCUCUCAAGGAGCGUCACUGGAAGGCAAUAUUCCUGGGUAUGAACGAGCCAUAUGACCCUACCCAGCAGUUCCUGGUGUCCGACCUUCUCUCAUACAGCCUUGUGGAGCACGCAGACCUCAUCCAGUCUGUCUAUUUGUCAGCGGUCAAUGAGUAUGACCUUGAACUUAAAUUUGGAAAGAUUCGAAAGUUCUGGGAAGCCAGAGAGUUCAAGCUUGCUAAGCACAUUCCUGACAGUCUCUUUGUGAAAGAGCCAACAAAACGUACAUCCUCACCGAGCAGACGUCACUCUAAGCUGGAAAGGUAUCGGCAGGAACGGGCAGCACUGGCAGCUGGGACACUACGGGGUCUGGAUGUCGCAUCUGAUGACUUCUACACCCUAAUCGAGGUAGAGGAGCUCAAAUACCAGCUGGAGGACAGUCGAAUCAGCCUGGAUGCAAUGGCGUGCUCACCCUACUUAGGGGACAUGGAGGAGACUGUGACUCACUGGUGUCGGGCCCUGAGACAGGUGGAUGAGAUCACAGAUCUCUGGCUUACAUCACAGAGAAAGUGGUUGUAUCUGCUGAAGAUAUUUGAGAAGCCAGAACUGUACCGGAAAUUCUCAGGACAAGCUACCAAGUUUGAAGAACAUGUUCACAACCAGUUUAAGGACUGGAUGAGAGUUGUGUCCAAUGACUCCAGUGUCAUGUCUGUUGUGGGCAGGAAGUGGGGAGAGAAGGGCUACCGCUUCCUGCAGGGGAACAACCUCCGCUCCAUGCUUCUGUCUCUCAUAAAUACACAGGAGGAAAUUCUGAAGGACAUCAAUGUGUAUAUUGAAAAGUCCCGUUCCCAGUUCCCGCGUCUGUACUUCCUCAGCGACCAAGAGAUGGUGGAUAUGUCCGGCAUCUCACGUAACCCCAAGGCACUUGUCCCCUAUGUGCGCAGGUGCUUCCCUGGGAUACAGAACCUUGUCUUCGCCCUCCCACCAGAGAUCACAUCACUCAACUCAACCUUGGACUUUGCUCUUAAUGCUGACAAGCUCCAGGUGGUGUCUGUGGUGGGGAAUCUGGGAGAGGAGGUACCACUCUAUGCUAAACUAGCCAGCUUCCCUCAGGCUACCAAGUGGCUGCGUAGUCUGGAGAACCUCAGUAAAAACACCAUGACUGUUAUGCUGCAGGCAUGUGUACAAGCCCGCAUGGAGGAAGGAUCUCGACAACCAAUACAGAUCCUAGAGGAGUUAGCUCAGCUUAGUGACACGACACCUCCACAGAAGGCGCUGCAGUCAGAAAUAAAGCAGACGUUCCGUCAUUGGUUGCUGCAGUUUCCCAUCCAGUGUGUGCUUGUGUCAGAGGCUAUCAUCUGGGAGCGGGGUGUUGCUCGUAUCCUUGAGAAGCCCAACCCUGAUGAUCUGAAGCUUACAAGGUCAAACAUGUGCGCCAAGCUGGACCAGUACAUUGACAUUCUGAAGGAAACCUCGACCAAUGAGAGGCUGAGCCUGGAGAUGAGAGAGAGGCUGCAGUGUCUGCUCACCAGCCUCAUCAAGCAGACGCUGCAUCACAGGGACAUCAUGGACGGUUUGCUCCAGUGUGAGAUUCCAUCAGAGACCAGUUUUGACUGGCUCAAGUCUCUCCCGCUACCGAAUGGACAUCCGAAACGUUCUUCGAGCCAAGACAGUUGUGACGGAGAUGCAGAACAGUGUGUCCGGCCGCACCAGCAAACCUGUCAACAGACGCUCCCCUUGUCUCUGUCAGUGCAGGAGCCUCCAAAGAUGACGCGCACACGCACCACAGUGUCCACUGACUACCAGUUCAGCCCCUGCUACAUACAGCAGCUGGGCAACAACUUCUACUACGACUACGAGUACCUGGGCCCCCCAGCACAGCUGGUCCUCACCCCGCUGACCGAGCGGGCCUUCCUGUCACUCACACAGGCAACCAAGAACUUUCAUUGUGGUGCACUGGUCGGACCAGCAGGCACUGGGAAAUCAGAGACAGUCAGGGAGCUAGCUCGGAUGCUAGGAAGGACGAUGUUCACGAUCAACUGUAACGAGAACCUGACAUUACCCAUGAUGCUCCAGUUCAUGACCGGGAUGGUCCAGUCCGGAUGUUGGGCUCUCUUUGACAACACUGACAGGCUCACCACAGGGUUGAUGUCAGUGACAGCCCAGCAGCUUGACUACCUUCGCACAGCAUUGAGGACGCUGGACCUCUCUAGUGAGAACCAGUACAAGAUACGAGGACAACCCCGCUUUGACAAGCUGUUGAGUUUGAAAGUUGGCGCUGGGGACAAGGUGAUUCGCCGUAACUCCUUGACCACCCUGCACCCUCUGCCUAGGGCGGAGACGUCACCACCCCUGGAGAGACAGAAGACAGUGCCACAUGGCUUCAAUGAGAAAGGCCUGGUCACAUACUUUGAGGACACAUGGAUUGCUGAGAGAGAACGGAGACGGCGCCACUCCAUUGAGAAGGAAGUGGAAAUCAAGGAAUCUCAGUUCUAUAAGUCCAAUAAACCGCCUCCUCUCUUUUAUGAGCAUGUGAAGAAGAAAAAGAAGUCUGCUCCAGACUACAAGCAGCUCAUCCAGGAACCAACCUAUGUGCACAGGAUUGUGGGUAAUGUCAUGUUCAAUGGCAAACUUAUUCCAGCCAGCGCCAACUAUGGGUGCUUCAUGACACUGAGCAAACCAACUGUGGGCACUGCAGACAUCCCGGAGAACUUCCAGGCACUGAUGCGACCAUGCUCUCUUGUCAUCCCAGACACUCAACAGAUCAUAGAGGUCACUCUGUGCUGCCAUGGUUUUGAGGAUUACAAGAACUGUGCUCAGAAGAUGAUGUUCUUCCUGAAGCUUAUGAAGAUCCAGUUGCCAAGACAGUUGGAGUACAACCUGUGUUUGAGGGAGGUGAAGAAGAUUUUAAUGGUUGCUGUCGCCAGGAUACGGGAUCAGAAGUUCCUGCAUGAAGCACCCGGACAAGAGUCAGAGAGUGACUGGAAGCCCAGUGCAGCUGAGCAGGAUGUAAAACUGGCAGAGGAACACUCCAUUGUGUAUGCCAUGAAAGAGAUCCUUGAGUCUCGCAUACAGAAUGGAGACGACCGAGCCCGGUUUGAUGGCCUCCUGCGUGAUGUGUUCCCCAUGACGGCCAGUGCCCAGAUGGAUGGUACAUACAUGCCACAUGACCCCAGGCUGAUCAGCGCCAUCAAGGAACAGCUGAAGGAAGACAACAUGAAGGAGAAUGAAGAACUCAUCACCAAGAUCCUGCAGCUCCACACAGCCCUGGAGCUGAAUCAGCCAGUCAUCCUCACUGGACAGGCAGGGAGUGGAAAGUCCACCUGCUCCACCAUCCUGGCUCGGGCCAUCAACUUCCUCAACUACAAGCUGUAUGCCCCUGACCACUCCAAGGAUGACCUGACCACAGACAGAGACCUCGUCUUCCAGUACAAGACACAGAAGCUACAGGAUGGUGAGGAGGUCGAUGAAAUUGAAGAGGAUUUUCUACAGAACAUAGAUGAGGAUCUCAAGCCGAAGAGGUCCAAGGGUGCCCAGAAGAUGCGCCUGCUGCGUAUCAACCUGUUGGCCACCAAAGACAUCUUUGAUGAAGUAAAGAGAGCCAGCCAAGAGGAGAAGGAGAAAAUGAUGGACUGUGCUGAGUUCCCCAAAGUGGAUCUCAUCCGCCUCCUCCCGACCGUCAUGCCUCCCAGUGAGAUGUUUGGCCAUUUUGAGGAUGGUCUGUGGCAUGGAGGCAUCAUCGCCAAGAUUGCCAGUGAUUCCUAUGCUAUGUCACUGGCUGUACGAGCAUACAUCGAUGCCCAGAAAGUGACGGAGAAGCGUAAUCGGCAACAGACAGAGCUGCCAUCUGUUCUUCUGCGCUGGCUGCUGAUUGAUGGGGAUCUGGAUGCUGUAUGGGCAGAUGGAUUGAAGACUCUGCUGGACGAGGAACACAAACUGUCCGUGGCCAACGGAGAGCAGGUCAAGUUGAGAGACACAACUGCUUUCAUCUUUGAGAGCCCCAGCCUGGUAGAGGCGUCUCCUGGAGCGAUCGCCAGGUGUACAGUGAUUCAUUGUGCCCCAGCCACUGUGUCUUGGGAGGGCAUCAUACACCAGUGGAAGCAGACAGCUAAAACUAAAUGGGUGCUCACAUCGGCAUGCAUGAAGAUCCUUGAUGACCUCGUGAAGGAUGUGUUCCCACCCACGGUAAAGUUCCUGACCAGUGAGUGCUGCUCCUCGCUGUUGACUGAUGUCGGAGUGGAGAAGGUGCGAGCCAAUCAGGUGGUGCCCGGAGUCCAGGAGGUCACCAUGUUCCUGAACAUGUUGAAAGCACUGCUGGACAAGAUGUUCCUCCGAGAGGAGCUGGACCGUCGUGUCCAGGCAGAACUGAAGGAGGAGGAUGAGCGUCAGGGUGGCAGCAAGAGCUCACUAGGCGGCGCUACAUCUCGGCAGAUGGCGAGUCGGAUGACCAGCAGCUCCCACAUUGAGGUCCUCAUCCCUGGCUACACCACCAUCAUCAAGGGCAUGUUUGCCUUCGCCUACAUCUGGUCUUUUGGGGGCGCGCUGAAUGACAGAUUCCGUGAACGAUUCAGCAAGUUUGCUCAUGAUGUGCUUUACCGAGCAUCCCAUCCAAUCAGAUUGCCUGUGUGGGGUCAGGUGUUUGAUUACUGUCUGGAUGAGACGAGUGGGACCUUCACCCGCUGGGGGCAGCGGCAGCAGGAGAAGGUUCGCAGUCUGGGAGGGUUCGUCUUCACACCAGAGGUGGAUCGCUACAGCUACCUCCUGGACCUGUUUGUGUCGGCCCACCUGCCAGUCCUGCUGACAGGGGCUCCUGGUGUGGGCAAGACAUCACUCAUCAAGCACCUGGUCCUGCCAAAGCAGACGUCAACAACGGCCAUGAUGUCACGUGGGAUGACGUCUGCCAUCUUCCAGGACAUGAUGGUGAACCACGUCGUGGAGCUGAAGAACAAGGCCAUGGAUGUAGUGGGGGCGCCCGGAUCACUGCAGGCCACCGACAGACAGAGGCAUCUCUUCUUUGUGGAUGACCUCAACAUGGCCCAGAGGAUAGGAUCCUACCAGCCCCCACUCGAGGUGCUACGACAGAUUCUUACCACUGGAGGCGUGUAUGACCGACAGAGACAACGCUUCCAGGGCAUGGAGGAGGCGACGUUCGUGGCAGCCUGCACUACGCCAUCAUCCCCUGGUACUGGUCUUGGGCAUGCAUGUCACGUGAUGUCAUCGAGACUGACGCGACUCUUCGUCAACCUGUGUGUGUUUUGUCCAUCGAUGGAGAACCUCGUUACGAUCUACUCUCGGCAGUUACAGCCCUGGCUAGAGGAGUUUCCCACCUAUACUGUGGAGCACCACUUUGAGUUUGGACAGGCAAUGGUCGUUGGUCUGCUGGAGCUGUACCAGUCAGUGCGAGACAAGCUGCGCCCAACUCCUGCACAUGCCCACUAUGUGUUCUCUCUUCAUGACAUCUCACGCGUCGUGCAGGGCAUCAUGCUUAUGUCACCCCGGUCACGGAUCAGGAAACUUCGAACCAAGAAAAAGGAUAAGGAAGAAAGCAAGUUGAAGACAGCUGCUGGUCGGCAGACAUCACUUGAUUCCACCCAGUUCAACACGAUCAGCCAGAACAGCCUUGCCAGUGGCCGGGGGGAACAGAUUGUCCCCCCUGCUGCCCCCAUGAUGAAGGUCAUCGCACAGCUCUGGUGUCAUGAAUGUUGUCGCACAUUCUCUGACCGACUUAUAUCUACAGACGACCAGCUGUGGUUCUCCAGGACCCUGGAGGAGGUGGUGGUGAAGCACUUCUGUAGCCCCCGGGAGGACCCUGCCACUGAGAUGGCUGCCAUCACAGAGGAAACACAGUCUCAGUUUGGUCGGUCUACUCCCACAAAACAAGGUCCACAUUGCACACCUCCACCUGGUACUCCUUCCGACAUUGAUGAUGACCUUGACCCCUAUGAUGACGAGUCUGGGGAUAAGGUGAUGGGUGUUGAAAACACCGGGGAUGAUGGGAUAUCAAUGACCAGCAUGAGCCUCGGUAGUCAGGUGCAGCAGCAGUCAGCCUCAGAGUCGCCCUCACGUGGAUACCAAGGUCAAGGUCAGUCGUCUGACUCCCCUCAGACGGACUCCACUAGCCAGACCAACUCUUCUGCCCGGGACACAUCCAUGGAUGUCACAACAGAACUUGAGACAACACAAACUCACACAGAUGGGGGGGAGGCCACUGAGACAGAGACAGCAGGUGAUGUUGACCAUGGUAGCGCCGAGCACGAUGAGGUGACAGAUGACUCUGACAACACCGAAGACAGCACAGAAGAGUCGGAGGUGUCAGAUGAGACCAGCACAAAUGGCACUCCAUCAGAAGUUGGGGAACUCAUGUCCAAGGGCAAAGUUCCAGGGCUGAGACUGACAGCAGCCCAGCGACGGGCCAGCCGAGAGUCGUCCUUCACAUCAGCACGGGACAAGCAGCAACAGCCUCGAGAACUGGGUAAGAUGACCCCGGAUCACGAGCACCCAGAUGGCCCUGCACCCCAGCAGGAUGCAACCAGUGAUCCCUCGGGUCCCCUGACUUCAGGAAGGUCCAGUGUUGGCAGCGUGACAGGUGGCCGCACAACUCGCACCCCCAGUCUCAGGAGGCAGGGCUCUCGGACGGGUGCCACCAAGCGAGGGGUCACCUUUAAAGCAGGGCUCAUUGCAGACAAGGAAUAUGAAGCGUUCUAUGGUGCUCUCAUGUCCCUAGAUGAGAUAAAGGGUGGCUGCAGCAACGUGACCGACUUCAUCUUCAGCAAGUUCUUCAUGUCGUGUCACACUGAAGCUCAGGGACAGCCUGUAGAGAAAGGGUACAUGGAGAGCACCGAGGAGGGUCUGAGAGAAGCACUGGCCUCCUGUCUGGGAGAGUACAACACAGGGACGUGGCAGAGACUAGAAGUGGUGUUCUUCACAGAGGCCGUCAACCAUGCGGCCAGACUCAGCCGCAUACUGGCCCAUCCUGGUGGCCACGGUCUGCUGUUGGGCAUGAGUUACUGUACGGGGAGAGCCACGCUGGCCAGACUGGCUGCCUACAUCGCACACUGCAAGGUCUAUGAACCGAAGCCCCAGACAGACCGGAGCUACAACCUGACCAUCGUGAGGGAACACAUCAAACGCUCAUGCCAGCUUGCCGGGGUGACGGGGAAACCAGCAGUGCUGCUGAUCCACGAGGACCUGGGCACAUCCUGCCUCCAGGACAUCAGCACCCUUAUGGCAGAAGGAACAUCUCCUGGACUGUACUCAGAAGCUGAGGUUCAGAAGAUAGUCAGUCAGAUGAUGCCAGGGGGUGUCCAGACCAAGAGGGUGGACAAGAUUGAGCAGGCUUUUGAUCGCUACAUCAAGAGGAUCAAACAAAAUCUACACAUCAUUGUCUGUCUCAACUACAAGGGGAACAGCUACUCCACUGACUUCCACUCCCUACAUGAGAAGGUGAACACAUACCCAGGGCUCCUGAAGCAUUGUGUCAGUAUCGACCUCUUCCUCCCCUGGUCCUACCAAGCCUUCUCCACCGUCGCCCGCUCUUGGCUGGAGGAUGAGAAGUCAAAGAUCGUCAUCCCCUGGAACCCAGCCCGACGAGAGGAACAGAUUACAAUGGCCAGUAACGCUAUGGCCUACAUCCACCUCUCUGCCAAGUCAGCAGUGGAAAGACACUUCUGUCACCAGAGGGAGCCACUCAGGUUCUACACGCCGCUCACCUUCAUGGAGUUUGUUCAUCUCUUCAAGGUUGUUGCAGCUUAUGUUGUCAAACGAGAGCGGGUGAAUAUUGUGAAAUAUGAGAAGGCUCUGGGGAAGAUAGAUGAGGCAUUCGGCAGCAUCGCAGAGUACAAGCGGGAGGUCUCAGACCUCACACCACAACACAAGUUGUCCAUGGAGACCAUCCGGCAGUUGGUGGAGCAGGUGGAACAGCAGAAGGAGGAAUACAUACAGUCCCUGGACAAGUGCAAGGAGCAGGAGGAGGAGAUCAUGUCGCUGCAGGGUCCGCUGGAGACCAUGAGGAGAUCCGCCCAGACAGAGUUCGACAAGGUGAACCCCAGUUACCAGGCAGCCCAAGCAGCCCUGUGUGCCCUCAGCAAAAACGACAUUGAUGAACUCAAGAGUUAUCGGGAACCACCUGAAGUCAUCAAGUUUGUCAUCAAUGCCCUCUGCCUGCUCUUCAGGAAAAAACAAGACUGGGAGGAGGGCAAGCUGCUGCUGAUCCGGGACAACUUCCUGCAGGAGCUCAUCUUUUAUGACAAGGACCAUGUCCCAGAUGACAUUUUCAAAGACCUGCGCUUCUUCAUCGAGCACCCGUUGUUUGUGCCAUCGAAUGUGAUCAAAGUUAGCAAAGCUGGUGAAUCCAUUUGCUUGUGGGUGCAUGCUGUGUAUCGGUACUCGGCCAUCCAUCGCAGCAUGCAGCCGCAUCUCCACAACCUCCAUGUUGCAGAAGAGCGCUUUACAAAGGCCCAAGCUCGACUGGGCCAUCUGCGUGUGGAGGCCAACAGAAUCAAGUCAGGGUUGGAGGGGAAGAUCACACUCCACAGAGCUGCCCUCAAGAAGGCCAAGACCAUUGAGAAACACAUCAUGGGUAUAGAGAAGAAAAUAGCUCGGGCCAGCAACCUGAUGGAAAACAUGUCUAUGCAGCACUUCCUGUGGCGUUCUGAGCUGAAGAAGGCAAAGCGACAUGUCCGCUCUGCUCCAGGGGACGCUCUGAUUACUGCCGCCUGUGUGUGCUACCAUGGCCCCCUGGAUGACAAGUACCGCUCUGAACUGUUGGAGGACUGGCUGAGUCGGUGUCGUCAGGGAACGUUUGACGCCACCUCCUUCCACGAUCGCGAUCCCUACUCUGUCACAGCACGUUUGGAGUUCCUUCUCCAGUCAAGUCACAACAUCCGCCACGUCAGCAGUCUCAGUGACUUCUCCGACUCCGACAGCGUCAGCAGUGACAUCGCUGCCACCUUCACCACAACACCACAGGUGCGGACAUUCAAGUAUAUGCCUGCCGUGUAUGACAGCAGCAAAUACUACAAGUCAGAACUCAAGAAACAGGACACAAUGGAGUCUGUGGUUCCCAACAUUGAGUUUGAUGACUCUGAUGACGAGGAGGAACAGAGCCCCCUGUUGACCAGGUCCAGCUACACGCUACAAGACAUCCUCAGCGACUUUGACGAGUUGAGUGGAUGGCGAAUGACAAACCUGCCGACAGACCUGCACAGCGUACAGAAUGCUCUGCUCAUGAGGGUGAGCUGCUACAAGCGGAAGCACUGCUGGCCGCUGCUGGUGGAUCCGGACAACCAGGCCGAGAUGUGGGUCAAGGUGCUGCAGAGGACCAGGAUGCUGUUCGGGGAGGCGGACUCCGUAGAGGGAGACAACUAUAUGGAUGGUAUGCCGAUAGAAGCAGCAUUUGAGUCGGCUGCUGACACUUCCGCAGAAUCCAGUGGAGAGAUGGAGCCACCACCAAGUCGUGGCACAGCCUUGACCUUCUCAGAUGUCACUGAGUUCACAAUUCCUGAUUCGUCUACUGUUUACACAGCCAGAACUCAGAACAGGGUAGAACUGGAAUUACUGACUGACCAAUGUUGUUGGCAGCGCGGGAUGGCAGUCACAUGGGACUGGGGGGACAGCGAGGAACUCCGCCCAGUCACCUCGGUAACCAACAGCUGGGAGACAUUCAGUCUACAGGCAGACAACUCCAUCGACCAUCCUGAACACAAUCUGUGGAUCAUUGAGGCGGAUGACCCUCACCUUAACAGUCGACUCAUCAACGCUAUAGUUCAUGGUGUGACCGUGUUAGUGACGCACCUGGAGAGGAAGCCGCUUGACCCUCUGUUCCGCGGACUGCUGCUCAAACACUUCUACGUGGACAAGGAUGGCAACAAGGUGGUCCGGGUGGGCGACAUGAUCUUCAACUACCAUCCAGACUUCUGUCUGUAUCUCAGUACAACUGUUCCUCUCUUCCUGAAAGGGGACGGCCUCCACAGCUUCCCAGUCCAUCGUCUGUGCUGCAUCAACAUGGCCGUCAGUGAUGAAGCCAUCAUUAAUCGUCUCUUGUUCGAGACCAUGAAGAUAGAACGCAAGGAGUAUGAAGGCCAGAAGCGCUCCAAUGAGAACGACAUCAUUCUGCACAGACAGCAAUUGGCAAAGGAACAUGAAGCUAUUCGAGAGAAGACAUUGAACCUAGAUGGCCCCCUGUUGGAAGACAAGACAAUGCUGGACUCCCUCCUAGCCUGCCAGAGUAACGUGGAGAAGAACAGGAUAAUCCUGGAAGAAACCCGCUACAUGGGGGACCACCUGGAGGGCAAGUUUGCUGAGUACAUCCCUAUGAUGCGUCAGUCGGCCAUGAUCUACAACACCCUGCAGAAGAUGAGCGUCCUCCACUCCUGCUACUACAUCCCCUUCUACAAGUUUGUGGACAUCUUCUCCUCCAUGGUCCGGAGCAGGGACCGCGGCAAGGGAAGUCACGGUGAUCCACGAGUUCGAGCCCAGGAGUUAUCCAAUGCGACGAUGUCUGAGAUAUUCCGCCACGCGUCCAUGAUGAUGUUCGAGCAGCACUACAACCUGUUAUGUCUCCUGGUGUCACUGGAGAGGAUGUUGAGGGCACGGAAAGCCUCCAGCAAGGAGAUCAGUCUCUUCAUCAACGGCUUUGAGAAGUUUGGUCUGGACGAACGCAGUCUGGCUGCUCAGAAGCCAGCUUGGAUUGCUGACAAGAGCUGGGUGGACUGUAAUGUCCUGGAGUCUCUACAUCAUCCGUUCCAUGGCCUGCACUUUCCCGAGCCCGGCUCACCCGUGACCUGCCGAACCGACUCACAUCAGCGGAGGCGAGCUCACACAGCCGAGCCGACUCACAUAGCGAACAAAUCACCUCACCGAACCGGCUCACCCUGCCGAACCGACUCACACAUCGCCGAGCCUGCUCACCACGGCCAGCUGGCUGGCCUGGCGAUCCCAGUUCUCAAAGAGUCCUCCGUGGCGAACUCAUCUCAUUCAGAAUUUAAUCUCUACCAUCCGAUCUUCACUUUUGAUGAAGAUGGAUUUAGGUUCAGCGAUUCUACCGCCGAUCUUCCGAUCUCCCUGGUGAACCCCGUGCCUGGACGGACACUACAGGAGCUCUCCCUCUUCCAGAAGUGUCUGCUGUGGAAGUUCUGUUGUCCCCACAGGAUGGCAGAGUUGUCGCGAGCUGUCGUCACGUACGAGCUGGGCAGCGUGGUGGGGUCUGUUGACCACUACAACAUCCGUGACGUGUACAACCUCACCAACCAGUUCACCCCCACUGUCUUCCUCCUCCCCACAAAACCCACAUCCCCUGAGUGGGAGGGCACAGGAGGUUACCCAUACGUCAGUCCAGCUCAUGAAGUCAAGCGUCUGGCAAGGGAGGUUGGGAUGGAAGGCAAGGUGCGGGUCAUGAACUUUGGUGUAGAGUCCCAGAUCUCAGAAGUGAAGCAUGCCAUUGAAGACUGUCUACAAUCUGGUUACUGGCUCCUGCUACAGAACUACCACCUGGCUGGCGACCCUGACACACACUUCUUCUCUCUCCUCAAGGAUAUCAUCUACAGCAAGUGGAUUGCUGAGGACAGACAGCGAGAGAACACUGACAUCAGUGAUGAAGGUCGCAGUCUCAUAGCAAGGUCAAGGCCAUCCACUCAGAUACAUGAUCAGAAAAUCCACCCACAAUUCCGCUUGUGGAUCACGACUUUGGCAGAUGGCCCUCGUGUCAUACCAGGGGUUCUGAUCCAGCAUGGGCUGAGGGUGACAUGUGAGUCCACAGCCAACUUCCGCAGCUGUCUCCAGAAGUCCUACCGAUCAGUUGCCUUCCUUCUGAAGCACUGGCACCGAGCCGAAGAUGAUGCUGAAGAGAAAUUCGGGCGGACGAUGCCACUAGCCCUCAUGCAUUCGUUGUUGUUACAACACAGUUACUAUGGCAACCAUGCAUUUGUCAACCACCACAGUUGGAAUCUGAUGGACUUGGCCAUGGCGGCGGACAUCUUCAAGAGGCUGGUUCAUCGCACCAGCAGCUCCGCUCAUGCCAAGGAUCUGAUUGGUCAUGUGUAUUCUGAUCACUGCACUGAUACUGAGGAUUCCCAACUUGUACAAGAGCUUGUGUCCUGUCUUGCCAAGUAUGCUGUUGACGGGAAGGAGGCAGAGAAGCAGACAGCCAGAGGGAAGGGUGUUGUGUCACUGCUACACAAACUCCUGGCCAGUAGAGACGAUCCCCCAAGUCUCAAGAAGGCUCUGGACGCCAUCGAGGACCACUCUGCCCGGACAUUCUGUCUCAGUGACGCAGCAGAGAAGCAUCUUCUAGCUGGCAAGAGCAGGAUCAUUGGGAAAGACAUGGUUCAGGCUACUGGGGCUCCAGAGCUCCUCCUUCAGGUUCUCCACCCUCCCAAGUCCACCACCGUGUCCACCGACCCACUCAUCCCACAGCUCCUAGCCCUCAUCCAGAACUGCCCCUCUCUCCCCGAGACCAGCAGGGAGCAGAUCUACCCCAUAGACGUGUUCCUACACUAUGAGAUUACAGGCUUCCGGGAUUUGGUCUCACAAGUCCAGUUGGACCUCAGCCUCUUGCUGAAGAAAGCUCGGGGUGAGGUGGCCUUGACAGAGCAGGUGACGCAGUUGUUCGAUGAUGUCUGUAAUGACCGUGUACCUUCUGCCUGGCUGAAGGAAACCUUCCCAUCAUGCUCCAGUCUCAAGCAGUGGCUGCAGGAGCUUCCUGUGCGGAUGACAGGCGUUGUGUCGUAUCUGAAGAAGACUCCUGCAAUGUACAACCUGUCUCACUUCCUGCGUCCAGACCGAUUCCUUGAUGCGGUCCUACAGACUUAUGCCAGGAAGCAGUUCAAAGAUAUCAACAAGUUUCACCUUCAGAUUCAGGUAAUGCCAAGUGGGUUGUGUCCAUCUGCACCUCCAUCAGCAGGGGUCUUCAUCACCUGCCUCAAGCUGUGCAAUGCAUCCUGGGAUAGUACCCGAGCAGCCCUGACAGAGCCUAUACCAGGUGGUCAGGAGACUCAGCAACUACCCCCAGUUUGGUUCAAGCCAGUGGAAACAAGUGCCCCAACAACAGAUUCGAAAAGCACCAUGUUUCCAUGUCCACUGUUCCUGUCUUCAAACCCAGAACUACAUGGUGACAACAGUGUGGUGCAUCAUGUCAACCUACCAACACUUGAAGAACAAGGAUUAUGGAUUCAGAAACGUGUGUACAUGCUGUCUCACACAUAAUACAGACGUAACUUCUUGUCAAGAUAUGUCCACGACAGACAUUGCUUUACAAUUGUCAGAACACUGUGAUGUGCUUUAUUAAUUUGACAUAUAUUGUCAGAUCGUUAUAUUUAUAUAUAUAUAUACUGAGGGAAACAAAUAAGGGAACACAUGAAAACAGUAGUGUUCCUUUAUUCUUUUCCAGGAUUCUUCGCAAGCUUUGUACGGAGGGUAAAAAUCUGAAAAUAUAUGAAUGAACACUGCAAUGAAGUGGUGUUCCCUCAGUAUAUAUAAAUAACAAAAUGUUACCAACUUGUAUUAUGUAAUUCCAUCCGUCCAAACCCUGUUGAAAUUGUAUAUAGAAUGUAUACUGAUGUGUAGCUAUAAGAAAGAUGGAGACCGACAGAAGUCCAAAACAUGCCAAACAAUAAAAUUCCACCAAAUAUGAGUAUUUGUACACAGCUUUUAUUGCUGUCACCAUGAGCAGCCUUUAUAUACUGAACAAAGAUAUCCACCCAAAUAUUCAUGAUUGAGAGCUUUUUUUUUUUGUUCAGUGUAUUUUUACUUGUACAAAAGCCAUGUUU